CCGCCCCGCCCCGCCAGCCGCCGGCUUGCUCACGGCUCCUCCCGUCCUCCCCGAAGCCCCGCCUCUGACCCCGCCCCGUCCUGUCUCCGUCCCGCCCCCCGUCCGCCAGCCAGCGUUGCUGUCUCUCGCCUUCCCUGAGGCCCCGCCUUCAACCCCGCCCCGUCCUGUCUCCGCCCCGCCUCCGCUUACCGGCCCGCGUCGCCGUCUCUCACCCUCCCCGGGCUGCGCGGCCGGAGCUGGCACAGAGGAUCCUCGGCCGCGGCGACAUCACCGCCUGGGGACGCGGGCGCUGCUCUGGAUACGGCGCCACCGAGAGAACCCGCCGCCCGCGGGUCUCUGUCCUGCGGUCCGCGGUUGCCCCCACGAGCGUCCGGCGUUUCCUGAGGGCGGGCGUGCCCGGGCCGUGCGGGGCGCGGGGACCGAGGGCGGCUGAGGAGACCGAGCUGGGGCAGCGCCUGCCGGAGCGCGGGGAACGACGCGGGGGUCUUGCGGAGGCCCCGCGGGAGCCCGGCCCUCCGUGCAGAACAGUUUUCUGGAACUCUCCACCUCCGCCUCCCUUGGGGCCCAGUGCGGCGCUGAGCCCCCGUCGGGAUCUGCCUGAGAAAAGAGUGUCAUGAAAAAAGAACAGAAGAGAGACCUCACUGUUGCUGAAAGGGGAAUUUUCUUUCCCCGUUGGCGGUUACUUCAUGAUUGGACGAGAAGUAUCUAGGUGACUGAAGAGAUUCCAUUUUUAUGGUUAUGCACAUGAAGCUGAUAAAAGAAGAUGUGAACAUGAUUUCUCUUUGUCAUAAUAGGCUGAUGAGUAAGUAAGCCUGAGAAAUAUUUGAAAUGAAGGCAGAAUUCUGAAUUUUUUAAAACCAACUAAGACUUUGAUCACUUGUUGAGGAUGUUUCUCUCUCAUAAAUGGAAGAAAAACGUAUUCACAAGACAAGAAGUAUAAAAAGUUGAGAGGAAUGACAACUGAGUCCACUCACUUGAAGAAUGUCAGUACUUUAUCAUCUUCUUUGGGCAAACAUACACAAAUGCAUCAUACAUCUGUGGUGAGCUUAUCACCAGUGAUAGUUUUCUGUGCUAGAAAUGACUCUUAAUUUGAAUUUUGGAGUGCUUUUUCUCUUUUUUUACAAUGUGUGUUCCAACUCUUUGUGUUAAAUAGAUUUAAGUAAAGGAGGUAAAUGCUAAAUUCAUAGUGUUUUUUAACUGAAUCACUUCCCUGUGUAUUAUGGAAAAAUUAGAGAUUUUAACGUUCUUCGAAGUUUUACUGGAAGCAAAACUGCCAGGGACAGAGAUACACAAUUUAAGUUUUCUCUUUUUGGCAACUGCACUUGCUUAGAAUGUACUGAAUGUCAGCUGGAUUUCACAGCAUAUCAGAUUUACAGUCUUUGUCUUAUCAAGGCCUUUACUGUAUGUUUUAUACUAACCAGAUGGGAAACACAUUGAGCAUCAUAUCUGACAUGUAUGCCUAAGGGAGGAGCUCCCCCAUGGAUCAUGGCGUUAAUGUUUACAGGACAUUUACUAUUCUUAGCAUUAUUGAUGUUUGCUUUCUCUACUUUUGAGGAAUCUGUGAGCAAUUACUCUGAAUGGGCAGUUUUCACAGAUGAUAUAGAUCAGUUUAAAACACAGAAAGUGCAAGAUUUCAGACCCAACCAAAAGCUGAAGAAAAGUAUGCUUCAUCCAAGUUUAUAUUUUGAUGCUGGAGAAAUCCAAGCAAUGAGACAAAAGUCUCACACAAGCCAUUUGCAUCUUUUUAGAGCUAUCAGAAGUGCAGUGACAGUUAUGCUGUCCAACCCAACAUACUACCUACCUCCACCAAAGCACGCUGAUUUUGCUGCCAAGUGGAAUGAAAUUUAUGGUAACAAUCUGCCUCCUUUAGCAUUGUACUGUUUGUUAUGCCCAGAAGACAAAGUUGCCUUUGAAUUUGUCUUGGAAUAUAUGGACAGGAUGGUUGGCUACAAAGACUGGCUAGUUGAGAAUGCACCAGGAGAUGAGGUUCCAAUUGGCCAUUCCUUAACAGGUUUUGCCACUGCCUUUGACUUUUUAUGUAACUUAUUAGAUAAUAAUCGAAGACAAAAAUACCUGGAAAAAAUAUGGGUUAUUACUGAGGAAAUGUAUGAGUAUUCCAAGGUCCGCUCAUGGGGCAAACAGCUUCUCCAUAACCACCAAGCCACUAAUAUGAUAGCAUUACUCACAGGGGCCUUGGUGACUGGAGUAGAUAAAGGAUCUAAAGCAAAUAUAUGGAAACAGGCUGUAGUGGAUGUCAUGGAAAAGACAAUGUUUCUAUUGAAUCAUAUUGUUGAUGGUUCUUUGGAUGAAGGUGUGGCCUAUGGAAGCUACACAGCUAAAUCCAUCACACAGUACGUUUUUCUGGCCCAGCGCCAUUUUAAUAUCAACAACUUGGAUAAUAACUGGUUAAAGAUGCACUUUUGGUUCUAUUAUGCCACCCUUUUACCUGGCUUCCAAAGAACUGUGGGUAUAGCAGAUUCCAAUUAUAAUUGGUUUUAUGGUCCAGAGAGCCAGCUAGUUUUCUUAGAUAAGUUCAUCUUAAAGAAUGGGGCUGGAAAUUGGUUAGCUCAGCAAAUUAGAAAGCACCGACCUAAAGAUGGACCGAUGGUUCCUUCAACUGCCCAAAGGUGGAGUACUCUUCACACUGAAUACAUCUGGUAUGAUCCCCAGCUCACACCACAGCCGCCUGCUGAUUAUGGUACUGCAAAAAUACACACAUUCCCUAACUGGGGUGUGGUUACUUAUGGGGCUGGGUUGCCAAACACACAGACCAAUACCUUUGUGUCUUUUAAAUCUGGGAAGCUGGGGGGACGAGCUGUGUAUGACAUAGUUCAUUUUCAGCCAUAUUCCUGGAUUGAUGGGUGGAGAAGUUUUAACCCAGGACAUGAGCAUCCAGAUCAGAACUCAUUUACUUUUGCCCCCAAUGGACAAGUAUUUGUUUCUGAAGCUCUCUAUGGACCCAAGUUGAGCCACCUUAACAAUGUAUUGGUGUUUGCUCCAUCACCCUCAAGCCAGUGUAAUAAGCCCUGGGAAGGUCAACUGGGAGAAUGUGCACAGUGGCUUAAGUGGACUGGCGAGGAGGUUGGUGAUGCAGCUGGGGAAAUCAUCACUGCCUCUCAACAUGGGGAAAUGAUAUUUGUGAGUGGGGAAGCCGUGUCUGCUUAUUCUUCAGCUAUGAGACUGAAAAGUGUAUAUCGUGCUUUGCUUCUCUUAAAUUCCCAAACUCUGCUAGUUGUUGAUCAUAUUGAGAGGCAAGAAGAUUCCCCAAUAAAUUCUGUCAGUGCCUUCUUUCAUAAUUUGGAUAUUGAUUUUAAAUAUAUCCCAUAUAAGUUUAUGAAUAGGUAUAAUGGUGCCAUGAUGGAUGUGUGGGAUGCACACUACAAAAUGUUUUGGUUUGAUCAUCAUGGCAAUAGUCCCAUGGCCAGUAUACAGGAAGCAGAGCAAGCUGCUGAAUUUAAAAAACGAUGGACUCAAUUUGUUAAUGUUACUUUUCAGAUGGAAUCCACAAUCACAAGAAUUGCAUAUGUCUUUUAUGGGCCAUAUAUCAAUGUCUCCAGCUGCAGAUUUAUUGAUAGUUCCAAUUCUGGACUUCAGAUUUCUCUCAAUGUCAAUAAUACUGAACAUGUUGUUUCUAUUGUAACUGAUUACCAUAACCUGAAGACAAGAUUCAAUUAUCUGGGAUUCGGUGGCUUUGCCAGUGUGGCUGAUCAAGGCCAAAUAACCCGAUUUGGUUUGGGCACUCAAGCAAUAGUAAAGCCUGUAAGACAUGAUAGGAUUAUUUUCCCCUUUGGAUUUAAAUUUAAUAUAGCAGUUGGAUUAAUUUUGUGCAUUAGCUUGGUGAUUUUAACUUUCCAAUGGCGUUUUUACCUUUCUUUUAGAAAACUAAUGCGAUGGAUAUUAAUACUUGUUAUUGCCUUGUGGUUUAUUGAGCUUUUGGAUGUGUGGAGCACUUGUAGUCAGCCCAUUUGUGCAAAAUGGACAAGGACAGAGGCUGAGGGAAGCAAGAAGUCUUUGUCUUCUGAAGGGCACCACAUGGAUCUUCCUGAUGUUGUCAUUACCUCACUUCCUGGUUCAGGAGCUGAAAUUCUCAAACAACUUUUUUUCAACAGUAGUGAUUUUCUCUACAUCAGGGUUCCUACGGCCUACAUUGAUAUUCCUGAAACUGAGUUGGAAAUCGACUCAUUUGUAGAUGCUUGUGAAUGGAAGGUGUCAGAUAUCCGCAGUGGGCAUUUUCGUUUACUCCGAGGCUGGUUACAGUCUUUAGUCCAGGACACAAAAUUACAUUUGCAAAACAUCCAUCUGCAUGAACCCAAUAGGGGUAAACUGGCCCAAUAUUUUGCAAUGAAUAAGGACAAAAAAAGAAAAUUUAAAAGGAGAGAGUCUUUGCCAGAACAAAGAAGUCAAAUGAAAGGCGCCUUUGAUAGAGAUGCUGAAUAUAUUAGGGCUUUGAGGAGACACCUGGUUUACUACCCAAGUGCACGUCCUGUGCUCAGUUUAAGCAGUGGAAGCUGGACAUUAAAGCUUCAUUUUUUUCAGGAAGUUUUAGGAGCUUCCAUGAGGGCAUUGUAUAUAGUAAGAGACCCUCGGGCAUGGAUUUAUUCAAUGUUGUACAAUAGUAAACCAAGUCUUUAUUCUUUGAAGAAUGUACCAGAGCAUUUAGCAAAAUUGUUUAAAAUAGAGAGAGGUAAAGGCAAAUGUAACUUAAAUUCGGGUUAUGCUUUUGAGUAUGAACCAUUGAGGAAAGAAUUAUCAAAAUCCAAAUCAAAUGCAGUGUCCCUGUUGUCUCACUUGUGGCUAGCAAAUACAGCAGCAGCCUUGAGAAUAAAUACAGAUUUGCUGCCUACUAGCUACCAGCUGGUCAAGUUUGAAGAUAUUGUGCAUUUCCCUCAGAAAACUACUGAAAGGAUUUUUGCCUUUCUUGGAAUUCCUUUGUCUCCUGCUAGUUUAAACCAAAUAUUGUUUGCCACCUCUACAAACCUUUUCUACCUUCCCUAUGAAGGGGAAAUAUCACCAACUAAUACUAAUGUUUGGAAACAGAACUUGCCUAGAGAUGAAAUUAAACUAAUUGAAAACAUCUGCUGGACUCUGAUGGAUCGCCUAGGAUAUCCAAAGUUUAUGGACUAAAUGCUGCAGGUCAGCAGAAAUUUGCACUAAUAAUACUUCCCAACCCACUUUGUGGAUAUGAAUCAGAAGAGUUUGUUUAUUCUUGUGUGUGUGUGUGUGUGCGUGUGCGUGUGCGCUCGUGUAUGUGUGUUCAGUGUUAUUUGCACAGAGAGAUUGUUUUAAAAAAUGGCACCAUAUUUGGCCUAGCAGGAUUUAUUUUUAUGUCAUCACCUCCCUUGCCUUUGUUUCUGAAAAUUUCGUCUGCUAAAAAGUUUCUGCUACAGAGUGGUAGAUGAAGUUAUAUCAUGGGGGUCAGGGAGAUGGGAAAAUUUUAAAGGUUUUUGUCUAACUCCCCUUCAUCUGUAACUGUGCUAAUCUAUCUAGAGACCUCAAACACUGCUAAAGGCCUUGCAAUUGCUGCUUUACCCACGCAUCUCUUGCUUUCAAGAUGGACUACAAAAGUUCCUUAUCCUUUUGAAAAGGUCUUCUGACACACUUAUCUUGCACAAAGGAAAAGAAGAAUUUUUUUUACUGUGUAUAAAGUUCAGUGAUCUCACUGAGGAAAUGGUGAAAGCUCCUAUCAGAACUAUAGGAUUUCUUCUGGGAAAUACAGAUGGAAAUACAGAAUGAAUAUGUUAUUUUGAGGUCAGAAACUGACUUUAAAAGCCUCCUUAAAGUUUUUUACUUAGAAAUAUAAGGAAUAAGUCUUUGAACAAUCUGGGUGGCAAGGGCUGGUAGAUUAUUUUAGACAUGAUUGUCUGUUUAAAACUCUCCUUUCACUUUUGAUCCUCCCUGAAGCUACAGCUGUUCGCCAUCACAUCACUCCCAUCCUAUCCUUUCUGUCACUGUCAAGCAAAACAAUCAGUAGUUACUAAUUGCUAAACUCUCAGUAUUGUGGGGCAUUUUCCCCCCAGAUGAUUAAUUUUGCAUUAAAGACUGACACAGACUUAGAAUCAAAUUUAUUUUUCUGGAAUUAACACUCUGUGACUCAAAGUGGUGCCACUGCAGUGUCUUUUUAAACUGGAAACAGAAUUGGAAAACUGCCUGACUUAUCUUGCAUCCCUUUGAAUGAGUUUACAGACUGCCAGUGUCUGCAAAAGUUGAAAUCAAAUGGGAGAUGAUGUCAGAGGCAUCUGUUUCCUUUACCAUCUGCAUCUUAUUAUAAAUGUAGUCGUCAUAAAGUGUGGUUUAUUUUAUUUUGGUAGGCUCUGAAAUCAAAAUGCUAUGCCAUUAUAAGCCAGUGGAGUAAUUACAAUGUAUUGGAUGAAAACAUAAGGCAGUGUCGAGCUUGAUGAAAAUCUCUGUACAGAUUGCAGUGUUCUUCCUGAUGUUUCAAACCGUAGUUCCCCCAAGCUCUCUUAACACUUGGGAGUCUGUCAUUCUGACCUAGAUAAAAGUGGUUCUUUCUCAGUAGUUUGUUAUUAUGUCAAAAUGUGCCUCCAGAGUGAUAAAGCUGUGAAUAUGUUACAUUCCAGCUAAACCUAACUUGGCUGUCAUUUUUCUUCCAUUAUAGUGUGAGUGGAGACUGCUCCCCCUCCCCCACAUAUUCCUUCCCAUAUCUCUCAUGAUCGUCCCUCUGUAAUGUCAAAAUGAAUGAAAUUCAUGUGAAUGUAGGUUGAGAGGGCACUGAAGACCUGAAUCUACACUAGUAUUCUCAAGCAAGAUUAUUCAUUCUAUCUCAGAGUUACCAGCAAACAUAUAAAAUGCUACUUGGAUGAUAUCUACAUGAAUAUUGCAUGCUAUAUGGGUGAUAACACUAUUUCCAUUAUUGGGCAGAAUCCCAAUGUUUACUUUCAAUUCCUAGGAUAUGUGAUCGUGAAUCAGAUCACAUAUAAAAAGUCUGGAUUGUCAGUAGUAUUAGAUCUGAUCAAGGUAGGAGUUACAAUUGUGUGCAGGUAGCAAACAAGAAAGCAGAAACUACUGUUCCCUUUAUUUUAACAUUGUACAGACAAUACAAAAAUGUACCUGUUGGCAGCCGGGCGCUGUGGCUCAUGCCUGUAAUCCCAGCACUUUGGGAGGCCGAGGCGGGUGGAUCACGAGGUCAGAUCAAGACCAUCCUGGCUAACACGGUGAAACCCCAUCUUUACUAAAAAAAAAUACAAAAAAAUUAGCCGGCCGUGGUGGCGGGCGCCUGUAGUCCCAGCUACGUGGGAGGCUGAGACAGGAGAAUGGCAUGAACCCGGGAGGCGGAGCUUGCAGUGACAAGAUGCGCCACUGCGCUCCAGCCUGGGUGACAGAGCGAGACUCCACCUCAAAAAAAAAAAAAAAAAAAGAAAAGAAAGAAAAAGAAAUGUACCUGUUGGCAGGAGAAGGCCAGAUGGAGUAUGUGGAGUAAUAGGGGAAGAAGAGUUAUAGAAAAUGAAAAAGAAAAUGAGUUACAUUGAGAAUGAAUAUGGGAACAUAUCAUUGAUAGCAAAAGGAAGGUACAGGCUUACCAAAAUGAUCUUUACAAUGUAUCCCAGCUUUUACCCCCACAUGGCAAUGCAGAGUUGUAUUUACUUGUUUCUGUACUCACCUACUCCCACCCCAAGGGAAAAUUUUAGACAUGAACCCUACUAUUUAGUUAAUUCUAAAAUAGAAAGUUUGCUGGAGAAAGCGUCUACUCACAGAUUGUUCUGUAAGGAAUGUUAUGUAUGGGUAAGCGGGUGACACAUCCAUUGGAUAUGUAUGCAUGUGAUGGUGCCUGAGACCCCUGCCAUAGAAACUGAAGUCCUAAGGGGAUUGACUCUCCCAGCACAUUCCCAGGUCCUGCACCCUUACGGUGAUCUAGGAAAAUUUUAAGUAGCUUCUACUCUUAUUUUUGUUCUUAUCUUUAAAAUAAUUAAAAGAGGGAUUACCACUAUCUGAUACUUCUGAAAGAAACACUUACAAAAUUUCUAAUCUGUAAAAUCCGUCUUUUUCUACAUUAACUUCCCCAAACAUAGGCCUAAUUGAGAUAAUUGCUUUUAUUACAGUAAUAGGAUUGAAAUUUUAAAAUUUUGAAAGGACUUAUUUUGCUGACAAAAGUGAAGUAACAAAUAUAAUGAUAAUUGGCUUUUUAAAUUUUCAAACAACAUAGAUUUACUUAGGAUGAAAUGAAAAGGCCAUAUUCAGAGUUUAAUUUACUCUAAUGAAAAUUCAGAGGAAAUAGGAAAAUCUGCUCAGGAGAAAGAAGCUGAAUCUGCAUACAUUUAAUUUGUAGAAUUUAAUUUAAAAUGUAAACUUUAACAAAGAGAUGACACAAGAAUAUGUACGUUUAGGUGUAGGCACCAAAAUAUUAGACAUUUGAUUGUCCUUUUACAUAGAGAAUAACUAAUAAAUGCCUGACAAGAAUGGGACAAUCCUUCCUUGUAUCAAAAUUCCCAGGUCUUGCUACAUUGCCCUCUGCAAAUAUAUUCAAAGAAGAACCUCCUCCACCACUUACUUUUGGUUGGCAUAAUUGUUCAGCAAUGAUUUCUGUACGUCACCAAAUCUCUUUGGCAUUCUUGAUAUAUGAAGUAUAUCACAAUUAUAAGUGAGUACAUAUUAAUGAUAAUUUUUGAAUUGCUUUGUUUGGCUUGAUUAACUUUGAUCAGAAAUAGAAAAGUUUUCAUUUAUUAAUUUAGGAAAAAACAUAAAUACAAGGCAAUAUAACAUCACUUCCAAAGGUAAGGAUACCUAACAUCCUUUUUUUUUUUUUUUUUUUGAGACGGAGUCUCACUCUGUCGCCCAAGCUGGAGUGCAGUGGUGCGAUCUCGGCUCACCGCAACCUCCGCCUCCCGGGUUCAAGCGAUUCUCCUACGUCAGCCUCCUGAAUAGCUGGGAUUACAGGUGCACACCACCAUGUUUGGCUUAUUUUUGCAUUUUUAGUAGUGACAGCGUUUCACCACACUGGUCAGGCUGGUCUCGAUCUCCUGACCUCGUGAUCUGCCCGCCUGGGCCUCCCCAAAUGCUGGGAUUACAGGCAUGAGCCACCCACCUGGCAAGGGUACCUGACAUUCUAAGAUAUCAAGACAGUUAACAUGUGGGCUAUUAGCUGCUUAUUUAAGUGUUGACCAAAUUGUCUAAUAUGUCUGAUUAAUCAUGAUUUCACUUCAUUUCAGAAGAAAAAUUAUCCAUAUCAUUUUUAAAGACCCAAAUGACUUUGGAUUUUUGCAUAGAGUACAAUAGACACUUUAAACAAUAGAUUAUAACAUUCUCUGAAACACUUGAGCUGUUUGAGCUACCAUUUGUUUGGGUUAUUUAUAUUUAGUCCAAGUAACACAUACAUGUUUAAUUGAUUGUUUUCAUGGAUAGAUUCAGCUAAGUCUUCCAAGCAAUUAGUUUUUUUGUUCAUCGUCGUUUUUCCUUCAUACAUUAUCCAGUUAUGCAGCACUGGAAACAGACUGAAGAUCAUAAACCAGUUUUAUCAGACCUGUGUAUAAUAAGACUCCUGUUAAUACAAAAAUAAAAAGCUAAAAGCAACUUGUCUAUGAUUGGGAUAAUUUUAUCAUACCCCUUUUCCCUAGGUCUUUGAGUAAUGCUCUUAAGAUUUUGUAUGGAGCUGAGGAACCAGCAGUUGGAAAAUGCAAGACAAGUUGAAUACCGAUACCCAAACCCACAAUUUUAGCAACUGAACUUGGUCCUUCUUCACCUCCCCCAACCCCCGACUCUCGUGUCUCUGUUCCCCUAACUUAAUUCCAGGUCCUGACUGCAACUUUCUAAAUGGCAAGGAUGUACCUGUAUCAAACGUAUUCUACAUCUGCCCCUCCUGCUACUGGUAAGAUCUUUAGGCAUGAUAUCACUAAAAGAAGAAACUUUUUGCAAGUUACUUGAGGUAUACAUCACUAAAGUGAUGCACAAGGUUAGCACAUUGAAGAUGCUUUUUUUUUUUUUUAAUAGAAGGGAUUUAACACUGCUUCCAGAAGUAAGGUUCCCUAACAUUCUAAGCUAUCAAGACAAUUAAUAUGUGGGCUGUUUACUGCCUGUUUAAAUGUUGACUGAAUUGUCAAUAAUUGGUUUACUUUGGAUAAGGAUCUAUCAUGAAUUAAUCACUUAAUAUGUGCUGCACAUUGAAUCGUAAGGUUUUUGUUAUCAUUACAAUCCUCACAACAACUCUCUCAAGUAGUUAUUUUACAUAUAUGUUUGAAACUCAUGUCCAGUGAUUUGUCCAAAGUAAAUCAGCUGAUAAGUGGCUUGACCAAGAUUUAGGCACAUGUUCUAAAGUUUUUUGAAGGAAUUUUGAAUGGAUUUAUAAUUCAUUGUUAAUUUGCCUAUUCACCACACUUUUGUUACUUUUGAAUGAACAGAUACUUUUGAAUAAAAGGAACAAUCAAUGUAUCUACUGUCAAGGUACUGAUUAGCAUAAAGGAAGAACAUAAAAAUCAAUUGACUAUGAAUCUGCUCAGUGAGGAAUUGGCAGUCUCUCUAGAGACUUUGAAACUCUUAGGAAUUCAUCAGGAAGAUAAAGAGCAAGAGGAGGGGCAUGCAAGGUAGUGAUUACCACCCAAGGAGAAGCCCCAAGAAGUGGUACCUGUUCUAUAGUAGACAUGGCUUAUUUAUUUCUGAGACAGCAUGGUUAUGAGGAAAAAGAAGAAACUUCUUGCAGGUUACUUGAGGUAUAUGUCACUGAAGUGAUGCACAGGGUUAGCACAUUGAAGUGCUUUUUUUUUCUUUUUAAUAGAAGGGAGUAUAACUACUUCCAGAGGUAAGGUUCCCUAACAUUCUAACAUAUCAAUUAACUAGGGAGAAUUAUGAUAGGUAAAUUUGAGUAGAGAUCACCACUAGGUUUUGAGUAUAUACUUCUCACAGCACGUCCCAUCAAUCUUCUAAGAGAGAUUCUGGGUUAUCCAUAAGUGCAAAUAGAAUAAAACCAUUGAAACUCAACUCUCACAAUUCCCACUCACUCAACGACCCCAAGUUUGGUCUGUAAUUUGAAUAUCAAGGAAUGCCCUGGAAAGAGAGAGAGAGAAAAAAGAAAAAAAAGGCCUGAGUGUGGUCUGACUGGCCUGUGUGUAGACCAUUGUUGGUAAUGGCAGUAAGAUGGACAACUCAGUGUAUUUGAUUCAGGCUCCAUCAGGCUUUUCUUUUCCUUCUCUCCCCCUCCCUAAGAACCUCCAGAUCCAAAGUGCCAGGCACAGCUCUCAAUCCUGGGAAUGCAAUGGUGAAUCAAGUAUACGUGGACCUUACCUCCAUGAAGCUGACAGUUUAGAGGGAACUAAAAAGAAACAUUCUUUUUCCACUUUUCACAAAUUUCCCAGCAUAAAGGAGCCUACACCAAGUAGAAGCGAAUGCUGUGAAUUCUGUGACUAACAGUUGAUCAAAUAUAUUCAAAUAGAGUUUGUUUUAGGGAAAAAACAACAAUAUGUUGCUCUUUUCCCUGCCUUCUAAAUAAUGACAGAAGAAAGGAAACAAAGGAGGGAGGAAAGGAGUGAAAUGGGAAGAAAGGAGAAACCCUAAAUCUGAACACAGAAAAUAAAGUACUCAAGGAGAAUCAUUCCAAUAACAAUGGUGUGUUAAUUAUUGUAUCAACUAUUUAAAAGACUGAAAUAUUAGGGAAGAUGAUACUUGGUAGAACAGAAAGAUAAAUUAUAAUCUAAGCCGAUACUGUUUCACAGUACAUGGCAAUUGCUCUUUCUAUUACACUAUUUCUUUAAACGAUUUCUGUAUUGCUGACUCUUGAAUGUAAUUUUUCUUUCAACUGUAUUAACACUGGUGUUGAAUUUCACCUAAUGUCUGAGGUUUUCAAAUGUCCUAGAUAAGCCAGUGUCCUCUCAUAUAUUGUGUUUUGCUCUAUGUCUGACCUCAGGAUACAUACAUUAUUCUUUAUGGUUUAAAGAGGGAAAUAUUCAUGGUCAUGCAACAUCUUUAAUGCUCCUUGUUUCUCUUUUUGGAAGUCAAUUUGGCUCCUAUUACUGUCACUUUUCUCAUUUGCUAAAUGAGAAACAUAAACUUUUCAAUCCUUGCAUUAAAAUCUGACACCCCUCAAUGAACAAUAAGUUUAUUUUUACCUUGUUCAUUGCAUGAUGCAAAUAAUGUUCCAAACCCUUGUACUAUACUGAAAUAUUAAUGCCAAGUUUUAUUGAUUUUUGUUUGUUGUUUGUUUUUUGUUUGUUUGUUUUAAUGAUAUGUUCAUUCCUUCACUCUGUUCCAAAAGAUUACUUUUUCUCUGGAUUUGUUUACAUUGCUUGCAACUUUAAAAUAUGGUUAUUUUAACUUUGUGGACCAUUUUAAUGUGAUGCUUUAAUGCAAUAUUUCACUUAACAUUGAAGGGAGAUUUAUAUGUAUAAAAACACAGUACAACCAAGAAAUGAUGAAAUUGCUUUGAGGGGACACACAUUAAAAUAUAAGUUCAUACAAAGGAUAUAGCUAAUAAAAGUUAACCCCACAUAAACAAAACAGAAGGUUUUUACUGUUAUUUUUAAACAUUAAUCUGAGCACCCUGGCUAAUUCAAUGCUAACUGGAGCACAACAUGCUUACAGUUGGCUUAUGUACACCAACUAACUUCUGAUUAUCUCUCUAGAUUUACCGAAGUAAACUGAAAUGUACACAUAUCCAGUUGUUAUUUUGACUUUUUCCUAACAGUAAUUAUAAAACUAAAAUAUCCUAUUGUUGAACACAUGAAUAAAAAGAUACAUGCUUGUAUACACACACACAAACUUAAAAUUUUGUUACCUUAAGAGGCAUAAGGUUUUCUCUGUACAAGCAGCAGGUUGUACUGGUGGGUUUUUCACAAGCUUUGUUUUUACCUUUCCCCCAUUUCCAUCCUUAAUUUGAAGGGGGACAUUACCAUUGAAAAUGUAAUAGACACAACAAGUUUAUAUUUAAUAAUGAUCUUUGGAAUUAGAAAUAAGAACAAAUCCCCUAGUCAGUAUCUACUAAUUCUGAGGUCUUAUGCAAGUUUCUUAAUGUUAAAUCUUCAUUUUUCUAUCAGUAAACUCCCUCAAAGUUGGCGCAAGGAUUUUCAAAAAGUAUGUAAAUUAAUUAUAGUAAUUAUUUCCUCUUUGUGACCAUCUCCAAUAUUCUUGUCUUACUUAUGAAAGACAGAGAGGCAGCAGAGGUAUAUUUACUUUUAUUCUCUUACAGUAUAUGCCCAAAGAGAAAAACCAAUAUAAAAUGUGAUGCAUCUGUUUUUAAGUGAGAAAAUAUUAAAAAUAUUUUCAAAUAAUUUGGGCAUGUAUAGUUAAGAUAUGUAGAUAUCUAUACUAAUCAGGCACGUAUUUUAAUACUGUAUUAAUUGAGUUACACAAACUUGUAAAAUAAAAAUUACACAAUAUUA